UGGCCCAUUCUAUGCCGUGACCAUAUAGCAAUAUGAUAAAUAAAAAAAAGUUAGGAUAUAUAAAAGAUGCAUUUACUUUUAUUAGUGUUUAGGUACUUUAAAUGUAUUGAGAUUUACAUAUUAUUUUUUUAUGAAAGAUAAUUAUACCAAAACACCAAUGAGGUAUAAUAGAUGUGAAUAAAAUCCAGCCAGUACGCCAUCGUGACGAAUUCAAAAAUAAACCUCUAAUAUGGUUUCCAGGGAAAACCGCAUAGAGAUCGACUUGGCAGGAUAUAUUUUUGGAGCUCUUAGCUAUGUAACUAUCAUUUUUAACUUUCGGUAAAUUCGUCAAGAUAGGCUAGCUGAUAUGACUUCAUCCUCAAUAUAUUCUUCAUUCUCAACCCAGUAUUUUCCCACCACAUAGCAUUUGAUUUUUCUUAUCUGUACCUUCUAAAACAUUUUUAAGUAAUUAUAAUUAUACGUUAUACCUAUUUUAAACACUUUUUUGUUUAAAUAAGUCGACGAAUUUAUUAUAGGAUCAGAAAGUAUUACCAAACGACUUCAUUCAUAGGAGUUCAAAAUAACUUUACACGCGUCAAAGGAAACUAGUCACAGGAUGCUAUUCUUGUUUAUCUGUAUCCGACACUGACGUGCACAAUGGCGCUAAAUCGAUAUAUAACGCACACAGACACCCUUAAAUUUGUGCCCUGCGCAUGCCUGGAGACUUUCACUACGAAACGUAUAACGACAUUUCAUCGUGAGUAAAGGCUAUUUUCUCUAUGUUAGGCGCCUACAAGUCGAUGCGAUUUGAAUUUUUAUACAGUACGCUGGUAAAAGCCAAACGGACCCACCGUUCCCUUUCGCGACAAUCCCAGUAAACAUCGCAUCAGCUGGUCGACUACGCAGUCUCAAAUGCGAUCGAAAUAUGGCAUAUAAUAAUUCAUAUUUCUACUUUGAUUUUUCAAUGAUUCUGAGUGUUUUGCCAUCUCGAUAUAUCAUUAACCGAAUCCACUCGUAACCCAUGAAUGCUCGCAUAUACUAGCCCGCAGUGACACUGCAUCGAGUUUGUUACUGUUAGGUCGUUAGCACAGUGGCUGGUGCAAUUUUUAAGGUAUGCGUUUAUUAUCAAAUGUGUACGACGUGCAGGACAGAUGAGCGCUAUUUUAAACUCCCUCCGAAACUUAGCAGCGUCGUCCAGGGCCAGCUCAGCGGGCGAGAGUGGCGCGAAAUUUGGCGUGAGUCCAGGCGACGAGGGCGAAGGCCCCGGCGAGGGCGGGUACGCCGAGUGGCUACAUGCUAUGAGGCUGGUCGCCCGUCUGCCCGCCGGAGUGCCUCUACACUUUCGCAAAAAGCUAUGGCUGACAUUAGCAGAACGUCAUUUAACAGCAAGAGGUGUCGACUGGUCAACAGCCGAGCGAGCUGCUUUUCGCGGCACCGCUCAACCCGAUGACACUGAACUGGGAGCUCAGAUUCUUAAGGAUUUACAUAGAACAGGUUGUUCCUUAUUCUGUGGUACAGAAGGACGAGAAAAUCAAGCCAUGCUCCGCAGAGUGUUAUUAGCUUACGCGAGAUGGAACAAAGACGUUGGAUACUGUCAAGGCUUUAAUAUGUUAGCAGCAAUAAUACUGGAAGUUAUGGAAAAAUCUGAAUCGGAUUCUUUAAAGGUUAUGAUAUACUUAGUAGAAGCAGUGUUGCCCGAAGGAUAUUUCGCAGAUGAUCUUCGCGGACUCUCUGCAGAUAUGGCUGCAUUCAGGGAUUUAUUAAGAUUACGUUUGCCACGACUCGCGAAUCAUAUGGAUCAUUUACAAAGGAUAUCAGAUGGUGGAGGUGUAGAGCCUCCACUACCAGACGUAUUCACCAUGCAGUGGUUUCUCACACUGUACGCUACAUGGCUGCCUCGAGACUCAUUAUUGCGUAUUUGGGACCUCAUUUUACUCGAUGGAAAUGAGAUCUUAUUGCUCACUGCACUUGCUAUUUGGGACAUGUUACAAGAUCGAAUAUUAUCUGCGCGAUCUGCGGACGAAUUCUACAGUUGCAUGGGUGGUGGCGCUAGCGCAGUGUGGGCAGCUGGUGACGGCCUUGUGGCAAAAGUGGUGACGUUUGGAUCGGUACCAGAAUUGCCACGGCUUCGCAGUCUGCAUAGAUAUAGAGUAACACCUCCAGCACCGCCUAAUGCACCACCAGUAUACCAACCGCCUCUACAUUCCGCGAUGCAAUCAAUGACUAAACGAGGACUUCGUUUAUUUUAUUCUGAAGAUGAAGGUGAUUCAAGUGAUGAUGGAAACAAAAUGGCAUUAGCUACGGUGAUACCGAGGCGAGAAAAUCGUGUAGGAGCUGGUGAUAGACUUUCAUUAGACAUAGGAGCUUUAAAACGUCAAUAUGCUCGACUGAGAGAACGACAAAGACAAGCCCAUGUUAUUUUAGCAGCUGCUUGUGCACGACAUGCAGCAGUUGGUGUUCCGACAUCUCCAACUUCACUUACGGUCAAUAAUUUACUUUUGGGAAAAAGUGCAAUAGUUAGUUCACGAGGUCGUAGACUUGGUCCUCCUCCCGGAGCAGUUCCACCUUCUCGACAAGCAUUAUCACCUCGAGAGAAUACUGAAUUACGUCCACGUGGCCGAUCAAAUGAUACUAUCAGUUGGAAAGAGGAACAAAGACGGAAAUCACUUAGUAGAAGGAAUUCCCUCAAGUGGAAAGAUAUUAAAAAGGAAAAACCCAAAGAAAAAAAUAGAAAAGCUUCUAUUGAUUUAGAUGAGGCUGGAGACGGGAUUAUUGUAUCUGAAUUGGAAGCUAAUGAAAUGAUUGCAUCUUUAAGAUCUCGUAGCUCAAGUGAAACUUCAUCAUAUUCAUCUCACACAGCAUCUAGUACUGAUACUAGUCUUUGUGACGAUAACGAAAAAGCUAGUGAUUCUGAAUCUGAUUUAGUAGAUGAUGAUAAUGAAAAAAAGUACAAAAAGCAUCAUGACAAAAAGCUUUCACCUGGUUCAACUUUUAAAGAAAAUAAACUUAUUAGAUCUCCUGUUAUUAAAGAAACAAAAAUAAAACAUUCUCCUGAAGUUGAAUCUAAAACAAUAUCCUCAGAGAAAUCAGUCAAAGAUAUCACAGAUUACUUAGAUUCUGCUGCUGGUGAACCUCUUCGCGCCUAUAUUGACGGUUUCGAAACUAAAUUAAAAGAUAAUAAUCUAAUUUUAAGCAGUGAAAGUGAAAUAUAUAAACCAUUAAGUCCUUAUAAAAGUAUAUCACCUUAUUCUCCUUUAAAAACGCCGGAAAAAAGUGACAUAUUACAAAAAUUAACCAGAAUAAAAUGUGACGAUACUUUAAAAUAUAGUGAAACUGUGAAGCCUAUGAAUCUUAUAAAAACUUCAAAAAAUUUUACUGAAUUAAGCCCUAUUGAUCUAUCCCCAUGUAACUGUAGCGUAGAGCGUAAAUCUCCAUAUGAUUAUGAUUUUGAAUCUAAUUUUAAGCAUACCUCUUUUUCUAAAAUAAGCACAUCUUCGAGACCUCCAGAUUUAAUUGACAGUUUUACAAUGUACCCAAAUUUUGUUCCUGAUAUUGACUUAUCAGACAAAAAUAUAUCAGAUGUUGAAAGUCCACCAAGAAGUCCUGGUGCUGAUAGUAUCAUUGUAAGUGAAGAUGAACCACCAAUUCAGUUAAAAAUCGACAAAUAUUUUGAACAUAGUCCAGAAUUUUUUGGAGCUCGUGUUACGGAUCCCAAUAAUUCCGAUAUACCUAAUAGAAGACCGACAAAGCGAUAUUCUAGAUUACCGAAAAAACCAGACUCCUUAACUCUUCAUGUAAGCACUAAUGAAAAAUUAAUGAAAAGUGAUGUAGAGAGAGCUUCUUCUUUGCCCCAAAGUCAUAGUUUCUCAAAUAAUCCUAUAUCAAACAUAAAACAAGACAAUGGUAGUGAUGACAAACAUAAGGAAGUUUGUAUAGAAAAAUCCACGAUUUUGACUCCAAAAUCUCCAAAGACUGUACAAGAAAUGAAAAAAGAUGAUUAUUUUUCUCCUAAGGAUUAUAUUUUACGUUCAGGUCGAAAAAAUAGUGAAAGAGCUUUACAAAUUAUACAAGAAAAUUCCAAAAUAUUAAGUAGAAUCCUAACAAAGCAAAACAUAGCAGACACAAAUAAAGCCAAAAAAUUUGAAGAUAUUAAAAAUUUACAAAAAUCAAUAGAAAUGCAACGAACAGAAAAUGAUGAAUGUAUCACAGAAAAAUCUAUUGAAAACAAACUAGUCGAUUCGCCGAUACUUAAAGAGUCAACCUCUGAUUCGUUGAUAGGUUACAGAAAAAAUAGCAUAAAUAAUGUAACUACAGAAAAAAGUGAAUUCGUUAGAAUUAGACCUAUUUCAAUUGAUGACCCAUUCUCAUUAGAAGUGCACAAUGUUGCAUCUCGAAAUGAAGAUUUCUCCUUAAAAACAACAAAAACACCCAGUACCGAAUGUUUAGGAAAUAAAACCGAUUUUUAUGGAUGGGAAAAUAAGGGAUUUCUGGCAAAAUGUGACUAUAAAAAUACGUCGACCAAACCUGAAUCUAGUUACGAUUAUGACAUUAAAAACAAAAUACUAUGUGAGUCUAGACAAGAUAACUUACUUCAUAAUGAAUUAAAACUUGCAACAACAUCCGAAUGGUCUCGACAUUCUUUCUCAGGUGACUCAAGAAGUCCUGUUUCUCUGCCAUCAGCAGAGCCAAAAGAUCUCUCUACAUACGAUAAACAUUUCACACCAGAAGAUUAUAAUUAUCCACUUUCUAGCAAAUAUAAUGAUUUUAUUCUGUCUAAAGCAAGUGAUAUAUGUAGUAAAACUGUCGACCAGGGCCCGAAAGUAUGUGAGAAUUUAUUAAAGACUGAAAAUAGCCAAGUUAGUGAUUUUACUAAUGUAGUAACUUCUUCUAUUAGUUUCACUUACGAACGUUCAGUAGACGAUGACUCGCCGAUAGAGGUUAAAAGCAAUUCUAGUGAUACUUUAUGUCAAAUUACAUCACUUGAUCAGAUAUCUACUCCAAUAUCGCCUAAGAUAUUUCCUAGAGAUACGCCAAUACUCACAAAAGAUACCAUAGAAAAAAGCGAUAAAACAAAAAUAGAAUCAGAUGAUACAUGUAGUGGUGUUACUUCGCUUUUAGAGACAGAUACUCUAUCGUCCAUUUCUUAUCCACGUAGUCCAUCAUCAGGUUCGUACCAUCCAUUUCCUACUCGCCCAGCUAUGCGUAUGCCAAAGGAACUCGGCAUUAGAUUAGGCAUGUAUCCAAAAGAUACAAUGAAUUCCCCUCCAAAAUAAAUUAUAGUUUUAAUGAGAGAUAUUGUUAAUGUUUUAUUUUUCUAAGUUUUCCUAAGUGAAUUUUCUUUUUAGAUGUAUGUUUUGUGAUCCAAUUAAAAUACUACAAAUGUUAUUUUAAUUAAAUAAGUAAUUUUCGAUCACUUUCGUGUUACAAUAACACAAAAAUGUUAUGUUAAUAAAUUACAUAUGAAAACACAUUAUAAAAUACAGAUGUCGAUAACUUUAGAAUAUUAUAAUUUCAUAUUAUUGUUUUACAUUAGCUCAUGGAAUACGUUAAGCUAAACCCAUGGAAAUAUUUAUUUAUUUACAAUAUAAAUAAAAUGCUACUUGAAGCUAUAUCGUAUUCCAGAGUGUAGUUUGGUCUAGAAACAAAACAAACAAGUUGCCUUGAAUCCAACAUGAUAUGUAAUAAUCCUUCGCAAUACUAUGUAAUUAUGUAAUAAGAUAGAUAUACUAAUUGUUUGAAGUCAAUAUAAGUUAUGGCAAAUAAAUAUAAAUUUCGCUAUAGAUUUAAAGUUCUAUCUGUGCAAAUUGGAAAAGAUUUUGUUGUUAGAAAAAAUUAUUUAUUCUACGACAAUAUUGACGAAAUAUAUACAAUAUGCGACUGCUAA